GAAACGUGUACUGAAAAUACCAGUUAAUAAUCAGUUCACUGCCACCUCUGAUCUGUCUUCGCUCAGAUUGUCCUGCGGUAACCUUGUCGUCAGCAUGGGAAGUAUCGGAAGACUUUCAACUAAGGGGACGGUAUUGUUACUUUGUGACAUGCAGGAAAAGUUCCGUCCAACAAUAUUCCAGUUCACCAACAUCGUGAACAACGCGUCUCGGGUGCUUCAGGCCUGUCGAGAACUUGGCAUCCCACCAAUUGUGACAGAGCAGUAUCCCAAAGGACUGGGUCCAACUGUGCCAGAGCUGGGGGCGUCUGACCUGAAAGCUCAUGCAAAGACCAAGUUCUCCAUGCUGACAGAAGAAGUGCAGGCCGAGCUCAAGAGACUUGGGGAGCCAAAGCAAGCCAUUCUGUGUGGCAUAGAGGCUCAAGCCUGCAUUGCGUGCACAACCUUCGAUCUCCUGGACAGAGGCGUAGAGGUGCAUAUUGUGGCAGAUGCAGUCUCCUCAAGAAGUCAGACAGACCGGUUGUUUGCGUUGUCACGCCUGAAGCAGAGUGGGGCUUUCCUCACCACCACCGAGGGGCUCCUGCUGCAGCUGGUGCAGGACGCGAAGCACCCCAACUUCAAAGAGAUCCAGAAGUUGCUGGCACACCCAUCUCCUGAUACCGGACUGCUGUCCUUCUUCAGCUCACUGUGACAAGCGCCCUUGUUCAUAACAAGCGGUUUUUCCACAUGGUUUGGUGGAUGUGCUGUGACACGUGAUACAAGAAUAAAACCUGUUUGUUUUGACUAUUA